AUGGAACCAGUUCCCGAGACUGAGAGGAUGGAGGAAUUCCGAUCCUCGCCUCUGCCAACGCUGCGCCUGCACCAGCCGACUGCUAUUGCACCCAACGAUUUGGACCAGAAUCGCAAACCUCCCAACCCGCGUCGAUCGACCGAGCCCUAUUCACCGAGCCAGCAAUCGUGGCCUAUCACGGCAUCAAUUCCCUACAGGCCUCGGACAACGUCGCCUCUGUCUGGUGCACAUACUCGCUCCAAGUCAGCUGCAAGUCUCGCGCCACCGUCUAUGGGCCGCACGCGAUCUAUGCCAGGUGUUGACGGUGCUGGUCGUAUACUCUACCCACCUUUGGUUCGCCCCGCCAGCCCAUCGGGAUCUCCUAGCAGACAUCGGGCGCCGCGAAAGCCCGUGGACGAGGCUUUCCCUCCAACUUCACCAGUUCGAUCUUCUGUUUUGGAUGGAGAGAAACGACUGGCAGAGCGAAGUAGCUCCCCAGGCCCGGGUCUUCCAUCUGCGAGCAAUGCUUCCCACAGACGGGCAUCGUCCCCACUUCGAUACACCGCAUACUCAACACCGACCUCGAUCUACUCCAUACCAGGAUCGCCAUCAACUGUUGCAUCAUCGCCAUCCUACAGAUACGAGAGCUCGACAAGCAGUUACAGUUUCCCCUCGUAUCAUCUAUCUUCCUCCAUUCCAUCUACGCCAAGCUCGGUUCGAUCACGGAGUCCUAGCAUCUCUAGCUUGGAGACCAUUCCGGAUACACCCGAUGCAGAGGAAGCAGCGUUGGAAGCUGAAAAUAUUGCACAGCUAAAAGCUGCUGCAGACGCAGCAGAUGGUGGGGAUUUGAAAGGUCGAGGCAGUCUGGACGUCCCAGUUCGUGGCAGAACUCUGGGUGUUGGCUCACGAGACAAGCGCAAGCGCUGGAGUGUGUGUGGAGCCGAGCGUCGUGGUGAUCUUGACUUGGAGACGAUAUGGGAAGACUGA